AUGGGUUCUCCGAACGCGCUUCUGAACCUCUAUUGCGAGAAAGGUAAGUGGCGGGAACUUACUGUUUUGUAUGGACAAAUACGAAAACAAGGCUUCCAGCCCAACUCCUUCACCUUCACCGCUCUUCUCAAAUCCUUCUCCUAUGCCCACCCUCCUCCUCUUCAGCACGGCCAAUCCAUUCACGCCGAUGCCACUAAGCGUGGGUUUAUUGGCUCCGAUCACUAUGUAACUAACGCCCUUAUAACAAUGUAUUGUAGAAAUGGGUUGCUGCAGAGUCAACUCAAGCUGUUCGAUGAAAUCCCUGUUCCAAGCACUGUUUGUUGGAAUACGAUGAUAUCAGGCUUCUUCCAUGCUGGAUACUGUGAUAGAGCCCGCAAACUCUAUGAAAAGAUGCAACGGUUGCAGCAGCCUACCAAUGACAUCACCUGGUCGGUCAUGGUGGCUGGUUACACUCAGAAUGACCAACCUGAGAAUGCAUUGCGUGUUUUCAAGCAAUUGAAGGGAGAAUAUGAUGAAAUGGGUUUGUGCUUUUCGCCUAAUUCUCACAUCUUUGCUAGUGUUUUCUCUGCUUGUGGAAAAGUGGGAGACCUUGGUUUUGGAGAGCUAGUCCAUGGUUAUGCUGUGAAGGUAAGCACAUAUAUCGAGGAUGAUGUUUUUGUUGGAAGCACUCUUGUGGAUAUGUAUGGUAAAUGUGGUUGCCAGGAACAAGCUAGGCUUGUCUUUGAUUCUAUGGUGGAGAGAUGUGUGGUAACCUGGUCUGUGCUUAUAGCAACAUAUGUACAUAAUGGAUGCCCUAUGCAUGCUGUUGAGGCUUUCAGGGAGAUGGUUUGCAAGGGUGCAGAACCAAAUUAUGUUACUCUGACCACACUUAUCACAGCGUGUGCUGACACUCCAAACUUGAUUUUAGGGAAGGAACUUCAUGGCUUUAUUAUUCGGAGAAGAGAGAUGGACCUAGAUGUUUUUAUUUCAACAUCCUUGAUAGACAUGUAUGGUAAGUGCAGUAAUAUGGUAUAUGCUCGUCAGAUAUUUGAGAUGAGCAAGCCUUUUCUGAGAUGCAAUGGAACUGCAAUGUGGAAUGCAACUAUUUCUGGUUAUGGAGAGAAUAAUUUUCUCCAUGAUGCAUGGGCUAUGUUUCGAUCUAUGAAUCAAAGUGGUGGCACCAAGCCCAACUCUGUCACUAUGGCCAUUGUUCUUCCGUUGUGUGCUAGAUCUGCCAUGCUCUUGUAUGGCCAAGAAAUCCACUGUUAUAUUCUUAAAAAUGGUUUAGAUGAAGAAAUACUAGUAGGGAAUGGUCUGUUGGACAUGUAUUCUAAGUGUGGGAGGCUCCAAUUGGCAGAGAAUCAAUUUAACAAGAUGAAUAAAAAGAACCAAAUCUCAUGGACUUCAAUGAUUGAUGGCUAUGGAAUGCAUGGAGAUGGGAAGGGUGCAAUUAGGGUUUUUGAGGAUAUGGUUAGAGAGAAAGGCGUAAGUCCAGAUCAUAUCACAUUCGUGGCAUUGGUCUCUGCAUGCAGCCAUGCAGGUCUACUAGAGGAGGGGCUCAGAUUCUUCAAAGCAAUGCAUAGGGAGUAUGGAAUUGUUCCAAUGGAGGAGAAUUAUGGUUCUGUCGUUGAUCUACUUGCACGUUCUGGGCAGUUAGAAGAAGCUAUAGAUUUGAUAAGAAAGAUGCCAAUGAAGCCAGGUGGUAGUGUUUGGGGAGCGUUACUUGGUGCAUGUAGGAUACAUGGGUAUGUUGAAGAGGCUGAGCAUGCAGUGGAGAGUCUACUCAAACUGGAGGCAUAUGAGGGUGGUUUUCAGAAGUUGUUGUCAAGUAUAUAUGCGGACAUGGGUAAGUUGGACAGUGUUGCAGAGGUAAGGAGAGGAAUGAGAAAAAUGGGUGUGCUGGAAAGGAAAGGGUUCAGUUGGUUGGAGACCAAAGGAGGGAUAUAUGGAUUUGCUGUGGGGCAAUAA